GAGGGUGACAGAGAAGCACCCGGCCCCUGCCAGCUGCCCCCAACCUUCCCCAGGGAUAGCCGGGUCUCUGCAGGCUGCCUAUGGCUGGGCUGGGCUGGGCUGGGCUGGUCAGCCAGGGCUGGGGCUAGCUGCAGGGGUGGGGGGCUGGGCAGGGCCCCCGAGAGCCGGGUCAGAGGCCAAGCCGUCCUUCCAGCGGAGCCUCCAGCCUGGCUGAGGCAUGCCUCCAUCUGUCCCCAGGAACCUGCUGGACAUGGACACCUUCUCCAAGUCCGACCCUGUGGUGGUGCUGUACGUGCAGGGCACUGGGGACAAGGAUUGGAGGGAGUUCGGUCGCACUGAAGUCAUUGACAACACCCUGAACCCCGACUUCGUCCGCAAGUUCGUGCUGGACUACUACUUCGAGGAGAAGCAGAACCUGCGCUUGGACGUCUACAACGUGGACUCCAGGAGCUGCAACAUCUAUAAACAUGACUUCCUGGGACAGGCCUUUGUGGCGCUGGGCGAAGUCAUCGUCAUCGGGUCCCGCAGAGGCCGCCUGGAGAAAGCCCUGACUGGGGUGCCGGGCAAGAAGUGCGGGACCAUCGUGGUGCUGGCAGAGGAGCUGAGUAACUGCCGGGACGUGGUCACCAUGCAGCUGUGCGCCAACAAGCUGGACAAGAAGGAUUUCUUCGGGAAGUCGGACCCCUUCCUUGUCUUCUACCGCAGCAACGAGGAUGGCACGUUCACCAUCUGCCACAAGACGGAGGUGGUGAAGAACACACUCAACCCCGUGUGGCAGCCGUUCACCAUCCCCGUGCGAGCCCUGUGCAACGGGGACUACGACAGGACAGUGAAGGUCGACGUGUACGACUGGGACCGGGAUGGCAGCCACGACUUCAUUGGGGAGUUUGCCACCAGCUACCGGGAGCUCUCCCGCGCCCAGAGCCAGUUCACGGUCUACGAGGUGCUGAACCCCAGGAAGAAAUGCAAGAAGAAGAAAUACGUCAACUCGGGAACUGUGAGUGUCCCCCACUCUCGAGCCCUUGGUCGAGCGCCCGCAGGCCCGGGGGCCGAGCAGGACUCCCCACAGCCAGGGGCCGCAGGGCUGGAUGGGGCCCGGCCGAGAGCGGCAGGAGAUGUAGGGGAAGGAGGGGGCUGGUGGUCCAGAUGCCUGUGGGGGGCCAGGGCUAGACUCUUCCCCCCCCACAGGACACAGCUGAAUUUCACAGUUGCCAUCGAUUUCACGGCCUCCAACGGGAUCCCGUCGCAACCCACCUCCCUGCACUACAUGAGCCCGUACCAGCUGAGCGCCUACGCCAUGGCGCUGAAGGCCGUCGGGGAGAUCAUCCAGGACUACGACAGCGACAAGCUCUUCCCUGCCUACGGCUUUGGCGCCAAGGUCCCUCCGGACGGCAGGAUCUCCCACCAGUUCCCCCUGAACAACAACCCCGAGGACCCGAACUGCACGGGCAUCGAGGGCGUGCUGGAGGCGUACUUCCAGAGCCUGCGCACCGUGCAGCUCUACGGGCCCACCAACUUCGCCCCCGUCAUCAACCAGGUGGCACGGUGAGCGCGGCGCGGCGCAG